AUGUACAGCUUGACUCCAUUACAGGUAGAAUCGUACCACCGCGAUGGGUUCCUCUUCCUGCGAGUCGGGGAACACCAACUUGUUGACCCAGUUGAGUUGGCAAAGUGGACGGAAGAAGUGAAAUCAUGGCCACGUGUGAAGGGGAAAUGGAUGCCAUACGAUGAGAUUAACAUUAAAGGCGAGCGGCAGCUGAUGCGCACCAAGAAUUUUGUCGACUAUCAUGACGACUUCAAGAAAUUAGUUUGUGGAGAGGUGUUGGCAGGCAUUUUGAAAGCGCUUGCCGGGGAGGACAUGCUCCUUUUCAAAGACAAAAUCAACUACAAGCAACCUCGCGGCAACGGCUUCCAAGCUCAUCUGGACGCCCCAGCAUACGACCAUAUCGGCCGCAUCGAGCACGUAACUGCCAACUUUGCCAUUGACCCAGCGACCAUAGAAAACGGAUGCCUCGAAAUAGUACCCGGAAGCCACAAAAUGAACGUGCCGUGCAUUGACGGCGGUCGCAUCGAUCCUUCCUGGGAAAUCGAUCAGGAGUGGCUUACAGUACCCCUGGAAGUGGGUGAUGUGCUAAUCUUCGGCUCGCAUCUGGCACAUAGAUCUGAAAAUAAUGAUAGCAAUAAGACGCGUGCCAGUUUAUAUGCUACCUUCCAUGGGAAGAGUGAUGGGUUGGAUUUGAGGCAGAAGUAUUAUGUGCAUCGACGUGCUAAUUUCCCUCCUGAUCACGAGCGUGAACCGGGCAAAGACUACUCUCAAGGGUUCAAGACGUAUGGCUUCGCAGCCCCCUUUUCCAAGAUUGAAGAUGCCGCUCCUGUAACAGCAUAA